AUGGCGACAGUCUCGGCAGCGCCUUGGGGCGGAUGGGGAAGCUGGGGCAACAGUGCUGGACGACCAUGGUGGACUCCCUCACAAGCAUCAUCAUAUCUUGAAUUUGGCAAACGUUUUCCUGGAGCCAAUACAAACGCACCAACGUGUGACAUGUCACAAGCAGUGAUGCCAGCGUCAUCGCCACUCCCAGCACCAGCAGCCGGCCUAUCGCUGUCCCACGUAGCCAUCGGACGCGGAACACAAAACUACACCUGCGAUCUCGCAAAUCAGACCGCCAUACCUGUAGCGGUCGGUGCCAAAGCAACCCUCUUCAACGUCAGCUGCAUCGCCGCAAGUAGCCCCAGUCUCCUGGCCAAACUACCCGACAUCGCUCUCCAACUUCCUAUCCCAUCGUCAACAGACCAGACCAACCCAGCCUACACGGACAUGUCAGGUCACCACUACUUCCUCGAUGCCACGACUCCCUUCUUCAACAUGGACACGGCGUUACACCAAUACGGUACCGGUGCUUUCAAGAAGACCGGUUCUGCCGCCGCCCCGAGCGAUGCGAUGGUCGGACAGAACAAUCAAGGCAAUGGUGCCGUCGCCUGGCUCAAGCUCGACGCAAAGACCAGCUCCGGCCAGAUCUUCCAGGAAGUCUAUCGUCUCAACACAGCUGGUGGCAACCCGCCAAAGACUUGCGCCGGUAUGCCGGCGGCGUUUGAAAUAGAGUACGCGGCUGAGUACUGGCUGUGGGCGGCAUGA